UAAAUGAAUAAAGAACUUACCCAAAGAAAUCAUUUUAGGAACUGUAACCACAAACACCUGAAAUCAGAAUUUAAGAAACACUGAUUUAAGCUGUAGUAAAUAAUCCACUUCAGUAGGAAUUCUACUGGAUCUGCCAUACUAUCCAUGCAAUCUAAAGGAUUCAAGAAGCUAGAGUCUCUGGAAUACCUACACCUGGAUAACAACCAAAUCAGGAACAUCUCCAGUCGUGCUUUUCAAGGAUUGAACCAACUUUACGAACUCCACUUGCAGCAGAACCUGAUUGAAUCACUCAAUCCUGGAUUCCUGGAAGGAGGUUCCAGUAAUUUUAUCAAUCUAUCCCAUAAUGCAGUUACUGAAUUACUGGCUGAAGUAUUUCGUGGAGCAACCACGCUCCUAACUCUAGACUUUUCUUAUAACAAACUAAAUAAAUUAUACAAAGACUCAUUUCAAGGCUUAGAAAACCUGGAAGUUUUGGAUUUAUCAUAUAACAACUUGUGUCAUUUUCCUUUAAGUAUCUUUAAAAACCUGUCAGUGUUACGUAGACUUGACUUAUCGAAUAACAAGUUUAAAAGAUUCAAUUUAGGGGCUUUUUCUGGAUUAAGAAACGUAAACUUCUUGAACUUGGCGAACAAUUCUGUAGUAAACUUCGAUCCAGCUAUUUUAUUACCAAUGAGAUAUCUGACUAGCUUAGAUAUUAGCGGAAAUGGGAUAUACGGGCUGGAUGUAAUGGACGUUCAUUUAAAUAUUCCUAGUCUAAAAUCAAUCUACUUGGAAGAUAAUGUUUUUUCUUGUACGAUGUUGAAGAAUGUGCUUCAAUUUCUGAGAGAAAAAAGAAUCGACGUGUUGAAGAAUGUCGAGAGGUUUGAUUAUGAGAAUAUAGAUGCUAUAGCUUGUAUCGAAGAUUAUGUGAUGAAUGACAGUAUUUCGGUUGAGUAUUUCUUGCAGAAAUCAAAAGAAUACGCCAACCAGUUGGAGAGCUACUGUUAAGUGUUUAAUUAUUUAUUUAAUUUCGUUUAUCAUGAUUUACACAUAAUACCAAUAAAUUAAGAGAUAUAAAAAAACUCUA